CGGGCGAGGCCUGCCCUGAGGCCGGGAGGAGCCGUGCGGGGGGACGGGGGCCUCAGCGGCUCCUCGCUGCCGCCGGCCGGCCCUUCGCCGGGGCCCGGCCACAGAAGCGGCCGCGGCGCGGCAGGCAGCGGGGAGGCCUCCGGCGGCCCGCUCUAUGGUCCGCGGGGCCAGAGCGGCACCGGGGUGUAGCGGCACUCGGUGGUACCGGCGCACCAGAGCGUCUCGGCGCGCAGGCGCGGUGCGCUGCGGGGCGGCGGCGAUGGCGACCUUCUUCGGGGAGGUGGUGGUGGCGCCGUCCCGCGCCGGCGUGGACGACGAGGAGUCGGCGGAGGAGGCCUGCGAGGAGACGCCCGAGGACCGGGAGAUCCGCAGGGAGCUGGAGAAGAAAAGGGAGAUCGACGUCCUCUGGACCCUGAAGCCGGGCGCGCCUGCGGGAAGCUCUGCCGACCAGCCGUUUGCGUGCUCUCAAUUUAUAGUAGCGAUAGGACAUAACGCUGCAGCUUUUCUGUCAUCUUUUAUUCUGGAUUCUGUAUGUUGGGAAGUAGUUGGAGUUGUGAAGCUGUGGAAUGAGUGGUGUCGAACAUCCAACACAACAAAUGUCCUCCCAACAGAUUCUUUCUGUUUGUUCUACCAAUUAAUAUCGGAUCCGACAGUUUUGUUGUGCCAGUGUAGUUGCUACGUUGCUGAGGAUCAGCAAUUCCAGUGGCUUGAAAAGGUUUUGGGCUGUAUGCAAAAGGAGGGCCUGCAAGUAACCAUUCUUUCAACGUGUCCUGUAGCUGAUUAUAAAACUCAGGAAUCCACUUUAACACUUCCAUCUCCAUUUCUGAAAGCCUUGAAGACAAAAGAAUUCAAAGAGCAGAUCUGCUGCCCACUGCUGGAACAACCUAACAUUGUGCGAGAUCUUCCUGCUGCUGUUUUGAGUUAUUGUCAAGUAUGGCACAUUCCUGCAGUGUUGUAUCAGUGUUACACUGACAUUAUCAAACUGGACACAAUUACAAUUGAAGCGUUCAAGCCUCUGCUUUCUUCUAAAAUGCUGAAGAGUUUAGUCAAGGAUGUAUCUGAAAGCUCAAAGAUUUUGAAGAAGUUACUGACAACCAAUGAAACUCACAAUAAUAUCUAUAUCUAAAAGAGGACAUUUAUGAUGCAGACUGCACUUUUGUAAGCUCCAGUUUCUUCUGUAGAGGACAUCUUGGAAUUGUAGUUGUUUCCUUCAAAGUGGAAUAAAUUCCAGUAGAUUUUUACUUCUGCCCUCAUUUUUGUUACUUUCAGAUUCAUCACUGCAAACACAUUUAUUUCUUCUGCGUGGCUUGGGAGACUUUCUUCUGGAGCAAUUGUAGGAAAGAAAUCUUGAAUAUGGAAAGCAACUUCUUUUUCUCCUGAAGGGAUUGUCUUAUCUAAAUGUAUACCUUUUAUAUGUAAAAGAGGAAAUGCAGUUAAGUAAUUCUGUCUGUCUAAUGAGAACACCUUUUGUUAACUUUAUUUUGAGACACAAAAGUUUUCCUAAUAUUUGAUCCUCUUUAAAGAUUUGUCUGUGGUGGAGAAAAUAAGUUCUGCAUCUUUUUACAUACAUAAAUAUAUAUAAUUUUGUAUGUAUGUAUGUGUGUAUGAAUGAUAACAUGUAUGUGUGGACAUACAUGUUUUUAUGUAUGUGUCGGUACAAAAAAAGUAAAGUAUGGUAAAUAAAAGACUUACUAGUGGGAAGUAAUCUUAAGCUUGCUUUAGUGGGAGGCAGGAAUGUGGAGCUGGUUUGGACUGCAUGGAAGGGCUGUGGCUUGGAUUCACCAUGUAGAUCACAGGUGCUUUGGGUGCUGUUGUCUGCAGGUCGGGCAGGAAGAGAGGUGUGCCCACGUCCAGACGCAGCAACUCCCACUUGCAGUUUGCAGUGCCUUGCUGAGAGCUUGCCUUAGUUGGCAGUUUCAGCUUCAGACCUCGGAGCAGUUGCUGUAGAGGCACAGGAGCAUUUUCCGCUGUUGGAUCUCUUAAGAGUGAUGGGAACCUCUGCCGGUGAAACAGGCUGUAGGCUCGCAAGCUGCUUCAGCUGGAUUUGCCAGGGCAAACCGAUGUAUUCUAUCCACUUUAAAACUCCAAAUUGCUGGCAACAGUAGGAAUAGUACAAGAUCUCUUAGGCCAGAGUAUGAUUUUUAGAGAAAAGUAAAAGUUCAAGAUCUAAAGUGUUUCAAAAAACUGUGAAAGUUGAUCACAAUUUCAGCAGUGUAUUUAAAGUAUUUAUUAGGACUGACUUGCAGUUAUGACUUGCAGAUACCCCCUUUAAUUUCACAUUUUAUUUAAGAAAAUGGUGCUAAAGAUAGUAUUUUUGUUGCUAUCAGGUAAUUCACUGAAUGGAGGUCUUUAAAUUUUAUGUAGCUUAUCCUUUUGGGACAAAAGGAUAACAGCUUCAAAGUUCUCUGCCAAAGUUUAGCCUUGGCUUGCACUGGGUGCCCAGUGGGUGGUUUGGAACAGCAUGUUUCUUCAACAGAACUGUUCCCUUCAGGUUUGAAAGUGGUCAGCUUAGUGAGUGUCCACUGGAGCAAGUAAUCCCUGGCUCAAGCAGGCCCGCUACAGCUUCUGGGUUUGGAAAUUUUUAAACUGCUUGCUGUAUUGCAGUUUCAAUGGUAUUAAAAUAUUCUUGAUGUGGAUAUCAAGUUGCCUAUCAGUUAUGAUACUGACUUCAAUUUCUAAUAAUAUAAUUAUAGAUAAGUAAGCAACUGUUCCUUUAAGUGGUGCUGUAUUCUAGAACAAACUGAAGCAUGCAGUGCAGGACACACACAGUUCCUUCUGGUUGGUUUUUUUGUGGGUUUUUUUUUUUUUUUCAUUUCUGUGCAGCAUUUUAAUUAAAACCUGUUUGUAUAUGUGA